UAUCACUUUAGCUUAAUCUUCCUUCUAUAACAUGUUUUUUGGAAAUUGUUUGGAAAAUGAUUCUUAAUUUAGUAUAUUUGGUGAGAUUUAGCGUAAUGCAUUUAAGGUUAAUUGUCAAGCUAAUAUUUCAAAGUAUGUUAACAAGCGCUGACGUUGUUGUGUGUAGAGUGAUAGAAAGUAUUUAGAAUACAAUUUUCUUGUAAACAAAGCUCCAGUGGUUCAGUGGAAAAUUGCCUCCAUCGGUGACGAAGUCAGUCACAAAGGCAUCAGACUGUAACACGGGUGUCACACAGAGAACACACACACAACUUAAACGUACUGUGACUGUACUUUGACCAACUUUUAAGAGUCAACAAACACAAGCCCUGGAUUGAGGCGUCAUACCAUGGCGUCAUCACGGAGAACAUGGACACGGUGGUGCUGGAUCCUCCUCUCGUGGCGCUAGAUAAGGACUCUCCAGUGCCGUAUGCAGGGGAGAUUUGUGCCUUUAAAAUCUUCGGCGAGGAGGCUCCGUUCAAAGCUGUGGUGUUGAAUCGCACAACAGGGGAAGGAGUCCUGCGGGCCACUGGCCCGGUAGAUUGUGAGAUCCAGAAAGAAUACACCUUUGUUACUCAGGCGUACGACUGCGGAGCUGGACCUGAUGGGGCGGGAUGGAAAAAGUCACACAAGGCUGUGGUUCACAUCCAGGUGGACGAUGUCAAUGAGUUCUGUCCUGUUUUUCGGGAGCCGCUGUACAAGGCGUCCCUGACAGAAGGGAAGAUAUAUGACAGCAUUUUGCAGGUGGAGGCUUGGGACCAGGACUGCUCCCCUCAGUACAGUCAGAUCUGCACCUAUGAGAUCGUCACUGCGGACACACCGUUUGCUAUCGACCGUAAUGGAAACAUCAGAAACACGGAGCGGCUAAGCUACGAAAAGCAACAGAGCUACAAGUUUGUAGUGACGGCUUUUGACUGCGGUCAGAAGAGGGCGAUGGAGGACGCCACGGUGGUCAUCGAUGUCAAGCCUGUCUGCAAACCAGGAUGGCAAGACUGGAGCAAGCGUGUGGAUUAUGAGCCAGGCACUGGGAGCAAACAGUUAUUCCCCAAGAUGCACUUGGAGACCUGUGGUGGCCCCUUGUCUGGUGUGAAGGUGAUGGUGGAGCUGCAGACCAACCACAUUGGGAAGGGAUGUGACCGUGAAACGUACUCUGAGAAGUCGCUGCAGAAACUCUGCGGGGCGGCGUCAGGAAGCACAGACCUUCUUCCUGCCCCGAGCCCUUCCACCAACUGGACAGCAUCUCUUCUGACAGACAGCGGCCGUGACAGUGACCUCAUCUAUCGCUUUGAUGGACGUCAGGCCGCCAAUGUUCCAGAUCACGUCGUCCCUCAGAAUCUGACAGAUCAGUUCACCAUAGCAACAUGGAUGAAACACGGACCCAGUUUAGGGCUGAGAGCGGAGAAGGAAACGUUGCUGUGUAACUCAGAUAAGACUGAAACCAACCGCCAUCAUUAUUCCUUGUACGUGCACAACUGCCGUCUGGUGUUCCUGCUGAGGAGGGAUUUCACUCAGGUCGACACUUUCAGACCCGCAGAGUUCCACUGGAAACUGGAGCAGCAGAUCUGUGACAAAGAAUGGCACUACUACGUGAUCAAUGUGGAAUUUCCUUCUGCGACGCUCUUCGUGGAUGGCGUGACCUUUGAACCCUACCUGGUGACGGAUGACUGGCCCAUCCACAUGGCGAAGACUGACACUCAGCUGACAGUGGGCGCCUGCUGGCAAGGUGGGAUGGUUGAGACGCCAAGGUUCACGCAGUUCUUCCACGGCAGCUUGUCGGGUCUGACAAUUCGACCGGGGCGAAUUGAAACCCAAAAGGUUAUCUCGUGUUUGCAGGCCUGCAAGGAAGGCCUCGAUAUUAACUCUCUCGAAAGCCUGGCUAAAGACAUCAAGUUCCACUUCAACCCGGCCCAGUCGGUGCUGGUGCUGGAGGGAGAGGAUCUGGACAGUAUAAACACAGCCAUGACCAAAGUCUCCUACAUCAACUCUCGCCAGUUCCCCACGCCAGGACUCCGGCGGCUGCACAUCACAACAAGUGUGCUGUGUUUUGGUGAAGACAUGUGCCUCAACGUUCCCGACAUCAGGGCAGUAGUUCUGGUCCUCCCGCCAAGUGAACCCAGGAUCACCAUCGCCGGAUCGAAUCGGCUGGUGCGACCUGCGAGCGACCUGCGCAGUCCGAUGGGCGUGGCCCCGUUUAAAGAGCUUCACAUCACCAGCACAGUGAUGAAGGGAGACGCAUACGGGGGAGCCCGCAGACCCGGGGUGAUGGAGUUGAUGCACAACCUGGACUACUGUGACGUCCUGGUGAUCGGAGAUGAGCUGGACCCUGAGAGAGAGAGCCUGGAGGUUCAUCACAGCGCUCUGCUGGGAAAACACCUGGACGCCACCAACUCCACAUCUGGAAUAUCCAUAUAUGGGGUGGACUCCAUGUCUCACUACGAGCAGACGCUGAGACAAAUCCGCUACAGAAACACACGGCCUGCCAGUCUAAGGGACCGGAGGUUCAGACUCACCUGCUCCGAGCUGAACGGCCGUUACACCAGCAAUGAGUACAACCUGGAGGUCAGUGUUCUUCACCACUCUCCGCCGGUGGAGCAUGUCAACCACAUGGCUGCUGCCCAGCCGCAGUACAUGAGGCCCGUCCACCACCCGCUCAUGAUACACACCCUCAACACUCACAUGUCAGGUCCUCCACCUCCGGCCGCCACAGUUGUCAUUGUGGUGUGUAUUGCCGCCCUGGUGGUGAUAGUGGUGAUCGGCGUCUACAGAAUCCACGCCACUCAUCAAGAGACGUCCAGAGAAGAAGAGGACAGCGUCAAGGAGCCGGAGGCGGAGUGGGACAACUCUGCGCUGACCAUCACCGUCAACCCCAUGGAGACCAUCGGUGGAGGUUGCGCAGUUGAUGAAGAGGUGAAAGAAGAUGAGCGUGAGGAGGAGGAGGAAGAGGAGGAGGAGGAGGAGGAACAAUUGGGAAGUGUGACAAGUAUUGAGUCAGACAGCAGCGAUGAUGAAGAGGAGGAGGAGGAUGAAAGCGAGGCUCACGACGUGAAGGAGAGGAAGAGCAAACUGGAGUGGGACAAUUCCACAUACUGAUCCAGAUGAAAACAGAUGUAAAUAUCUGUCGUUACUCCUGUCGACACCCCCCCACACACACGCACACCUAACGCGCCCAUAUCCGAAGGUACAUGUUUCCCUCUGGUGGAUAAAAUCUGAACUGCAGCCUCCUUUAACCCGUUUACACAGCAGGACGUCAGGUCAUUGUUGAGCACAUUCCUCAGUCGUGAACAUUCUAAAUACAUCUUUAUUAACGAGUUAUAUAGCCAUAUGAUGUCGUUGAGAUUCAUAUUUUUUUAUUUAACUCAACUGAAAUCCCGACUACUGAUUUCUUUCUUCACUUCAAAGCGAGAUUUAAUUCUACCCAUCAUAUGUGUGAGUUCAGAAAGUCUUCUACAACAAUUAGAGUCUAAAUAGUGAGCAGCACAGAUAGAAUUAAUAAUCCAUCUUGUAUCUCUCAUGAAUAUGCAUAUCGUGGCCUGAUGUAGCCUGUUGUUUAGAUCAGCGCUUAUUUUUAGCAGGUAAAAAAAGUCUUUUUGUUACGUCAAGCCUGUCACAUCUCGUGUCACGUAUUUGAUGUUGGAAAUCCUCUAUGCAAGUCUGACCCGCUGUAACAGAGCAGACUAGAAAAGAUCGUGAAGCGCACGGAGAAGCUGAGAGUCUGUCCAGUGCGCCGUGAGUCGUGAUGCUAUCAUGUUCUCUGUGUACCAUAUCUAGUGAGCAUUUAUCAUGCAGUCGUUCCUGACAAUGAUGCAGUGGUUAGUGACUAACAUGUUUAAUGAUUCAUCAUAUGUAUAUGCUCUCAAAAUAAACAGUAGGAGAACACAAGGAGCUUAUAUGCAGCAGGAAGUUGACGGCAAACCUGCUCAAUUUCCACCUCUCACCAAGGUUGGGUUGUGGGGGCAGCAACUGUAGGAAAGAAGCCCAGACUUUCCCCUCUCCUUGUUGGAGUCAGUCUCAAGCUGGUGACCACAGGUGUGAGCCGGAACACCCCGAGAGGUCUUUUGGCUCAGCUCUUUCUCGAGUCCUCAUGCACAGAUCCAUGUGUCGAUCUCUCCCGCCAUCUUUUCUCAGUCGUGAACAAGAGCCCCAGACACUUCAACCCCUCCACUACGGUGAGUGUCUCUCCUCCGACCGACCGGAAACUUCAUUGAAUUAUUAUUGGGACAAAAAAAACUGAAAUAAAGGGCAGGACCAUCACAUUCUAAUCAUUAAAUAAUUCACUGAAAUCAAUUUAAAGUUGCAAGUUAUUUUGUUUCCCUAUUAAAUCAGUGAGAUCCAAAAUGGCUGCCAGUUCCAUUUCAUUGCACAUCACCUAAAAUAAAAAAACAGCAAACGGUGGUCCGCCUUCCCCUCUCUUCGCCGACCGUGAUGUCAUCAUUGUGAGCCCCUGAUGUGCUCCUGAGAGAGAAAACAAUCCUUUGACUUACACAACUGUAUAAAUGUUUGGGGUUUUAUUUAUCUUUUUUGUAAACAGUGGUUGGCCCACUGUUCUCUGUAUAAUAAAGACUUGUUUUAGACUCUA